GUCAGAGGACAUAUAGGCAGCUGUGUGACCCAAGACGACAUCUGUGUGACCCAGGAGGACGUCGGAGGACAUAUAGGCAGCUGUGUGACCCAAGAAGUCAGCUGUGUGACCCAAGAGAACAGCUGUGUGACCCAGGAGGACGUCAGGAGGACAUAUAGGCAGCUGUGUAACACAAGAUGACAGCUGUGUGACCCAAGAAGUCAGCUGUGUGACCCAAGAGGACAGCUGUGUGACCCAAGAGGAUGUCAGAGGACAUAUAGGCAGCUGUGUGACCCAAGAUGACAGCUGUGUGACCCAAGAAGACAGUUGUGUGACCCAAGAGGACAGUUGUGUGACUCAAGAGGACAGCUGUGUGACCCAAGAUGACAGCUGUUUGACCCAAGAGGACGUCGGAGGACAUAUAGGCAGCUGUGUGACCCAAGAGGACAGCUGUGUGACCCAAGAAGACAGCUGUUUGACCCAAGAAGACAGCUGUUUGACUCAAGAGGACAGCUGUUUGACUCAAGAGGACAGCUGUUUGACCCAAGAGGACGUCGGAGGACAUAUAGGCAGCUGUGUGACCCAAGAUGACACUCAGGGUCAUAGAGACAGCGUGGACAUGACUCAAGAGGACAUUGUUGGACACAAAGACAGGGAAGGCAGGGACAGUGUUUGGGGUUCCUCGCCACAACAAUACGUGUUUAGUGUUGGCCAGAAACAUGGUGAUGGACUUGAGACACAGGUGAAUGGUGACUGUGUUAGUGAGCGUGUGAGUUCUAGUGCAAAUAGCAGAGUACUUGCUAAAAAUAGUGAUGCAAGUGACGGUCAAGUUGGUGAUACUGUUCACGUAACCAAAUCACAAGUUUGGUUGGAUACAUCGGUUGUGUCAAGGACCUCUGAUAUAAACAAGAAGGGAUGUAUGUGCUUACCGUUAACAGAGUACCUGUACUCUGCCGCACACUUGGACGGAAGUACAGCACAAAACUCAAGUGAGAGGAACCUGGGCGGCCGCCAGGAGGUGAUGAUGGCCACACUGUCCCCCACCACCUGCUGUACCACCACUGACAUCCACCUGAGGAGUAAGUCUGGGGGAAGUACGACACACCUACCCACUGAGGCGUUUCCCGGCUGCACUAAGGAUGACCAGGCUGCCAUCACCACCACAAACGACUCUUCAACUGACACCCACCAUCCACACACACAGAUGAUUGUUGAUGAACAGCAAGAUACAGUUUGGAAUGAUUCUCGGGGAACUCUUACAGAUAAACAUACUCAGUCAUCACCCCAGAACCUCACAGCAGGUGUAGGUUACCAAAACACCACAACAACUGAUAAGCGAAAACCAUUCAACCAGCGCCAUUUGGCUGAGUUUGUACCGAUACAAAAAGCAUCUGGCGAGAACUUACGGGAGGAGACCAGGAGGAUUGUGAUGAUGCUGAGAAACGACAAGACGUGUAAAGUUCCUCGUCCCAGCCUGGGCCUACAGGACAGAGUACAGAGUCUGGUGCAGCGCUCAACAGGGAAGCGUACCAGUUACAUCAAGGGCCCCAGGUUCUGCAACACUUUCGUCAAGACCAUAGUGAAACAGUCUCAUGACAAACUCCAAACUCGGAGAGAUUCGUUUCAAGAGUUAAAGAAGAGUCGUAGGGAACAGACUGCCCAACGAGUCUUAGUGAACCCGGCGCCUUGUUAUGGUGGUGUUGAUGUGAUUGUCUCCACCGCCCACGGCCCACCUUCUGAUGUUGAUGGUGGUGUCGGGUGGCCACAUCAAGAUGGGGCCGCCACCUGGAGGGAUGACAAGGAGACUCCUGCCUUAACACUCACGGCUGUGUCUCCCUCCUCUACAAUCACUGCCUCACGUGGAUACAGUUUGCAGAAAGACAUGAAUUAUCAACAAGAAAACAGAGACAAGAAUAAAGGAGAUGAGGUAACUGACGCUAACAAAACAGACAUAAACAAACAGUGUAUAAAUAUGAAUGAGGUGGAACAUCUUAGCAGAGAAAUGGUGGCAGUGGCGAGAAGUCUGGACGGAGGAAGUGUUGGAAACCUCAAUCAAAAUACACAACAUCUGCCAGAACAACAAGAAUUUAACAAUCAUAUGGUGUUACAGAGGAAAAGUAUCGGUGCUACAGAGUCUAGCAUUACGUUACAAGGUAAAUUAACGAAUACUAUCGAUCAAUACUGUGUUUCCUCCUGGCCACUAGUCUCACAGAUGAACCGCUCUGAUGUCACGCACCAACCUGUUCCCCCACGUGAUGUUGUGAGUCAGCCAUCAGAAACAAUGGUUGACUCUGACCCCGUGUGUGAGCGAGACUACGUUGCUGUAGAUGUGAACGAAGAACAUAACAAGACUGAUGAAGUGUUGGGUGAGACGGCAGGGAGGUCGACCAUCAUGUCUGGCUCCAGUGAUCACCCGACUACCAGUGUGUUCUCGACCAGUGUGUCCUCGACUAGUGCGUCCUCGACUAGUGCGUCCUCGACCAGUGCGUCCUCGACCAGUACGUCCUCGACCAGUGUGUCCUCGACCAGUACGUCCUCGACCAGUGUGUCCUCGACCAGUGUGUCCUCGGCUACUGUGUCCUCGACUAAAGUGUCUUUAAUCAGUAGAAUAUCAGAUAAGAUGGAGGUGUUGCUCACUACCGCUUCUACUGAAACUACAGAUUCGAGUUCUAGUUUGAAAAAUAAAUCAGAGUCAAUGAAGUGUACAAGAAAACCCUCUGGUGACACUGUUGACCUCAAGGCGCACAUUGCUUCACUCAACAAAGUCUCCCUGAAUCAUCGAGGCUCCGUACAAAAGAGACAAUUUAAUGGUCAGAAUGUUAAGACAUCCCCAAGUACACUGUCAGAGGUAAUGGAUACAGACACGGGCGGCUCUGCAAACAUGUCUGUCACACCGGGAACUGAUCAGACACCUUCCGUCAAGCAUGAAGGAAAUUUGUUUAUUCAAGGAGACGCAAAUAGCACGGGAGUGACUAGGCUGUGGCCGUCUGCAGCCAUUAUGACGCAGCAGGAUGCUUCUUCAGCCAAUAGUGAUCACUUACAGAAACCUGAAAGAGAGGGGGAGGAGUCGUCUUCGUCCUGGUCCUGCCUGGGAGACAUCAUAAGGCUUAAAACUGAUAAUCUUGUGGCCCGGCAUCGAGGCAUCAGGUCACGGCUGUACUCAAUCACUACCCUUCCACAACACCCAAAGACCCAACAGUCGUCUUCCUCUGUUCCUCCACAACGUAGCAAGACUCGACCCUUUACCACCAACGUCCGACCACAACAUGAGGUAGACGGAGUAAUAUCUGGAGACAAGAGUGGCGACACUGUCGACAGUCGACCGCCUCUUCCUAUAAACAAUCGACAGGGCAGUGUCGACGGCCGCCCCCCUAUCCAUCCUACAAGUCGGCAAAGUAGUAUUGAUGAUCAGCCUCAUCCUCCAAACAGUCGACAAGGCAGUGUCGACAUCAGUAAAUGUGUUGGUCAAAGAAAUAGUGAGCGUUACCCGCGCCCUCGACACGACAGCACUGAUGGCCAGGGAUCAUUCCAGCCCGAGAGACGACGAAAUAGAUCAAACACUCGUCACAGAGACAGUCGUCAAGACAGCAAGAGUCGUGUAAACCCAGUCAGCAGAAGUGGCAGCAUCAACACCUGCUUGACCCAUCCUGGUGAGAGACGUGACAGUAAGAUCGUAGGUGUCCGGUCUGGGUCUUGCUGUGGCAGCAGAGUCAGUUUUGGUCAGGACUUGCUGAGGAAAUUCCUGGAGGUUGCUGUCGACCAGUACGACAGUAUGGAGUGGGAAGAGACGCAGGUGGAGGAGAAUACAACAAACAGCACCUUAUUGCAGGAAGAAUUAAACAGCUCUCUACGUAAGGCUGUGUGUCACCGUAACGCUGAGGAGACCAGGUCACUGCUGAAGCUUGGUGCUGACCCUAACGUAAGCUGUGGUCCCUCACCAGCACUACUGAGAGCUGCCAAGGAUGGAACCUUGUACGUGUUGCAGGCUCUGUUGGCCGCGGGUGCAGACGCAGACGCUCGCUCUGACCUAGGUAACAGCGCACUGCACGUGGCGGCGCGCAGCGGUUACAGCGAGGUGGCCAUACAGCUGGUAAACAGCGGCGCCUUUGUGGACGCAAUCAACCGCUCUGGUGUGACGCCGCUACAGAUGGCUUUGGCACAUGGCCACCUUGAGGUAGCCCGCACCCUUCUCCGUCUCAACGCCGACGUGUUUCUUCCAAACAAAGUUGGUGAAACAGCUUACGAGGUGAUGAACCAACUCGGAUACAUGGGGCUGACAGCGUGUCCCCGGGAGAUGCGUAGAGACUCGGCGCCGGGGUCGAAGGUUGAGUCUCCCUCCACACAGAUCCCACUGCCAGUGAGGUUGAUAAAAGCCAUCGAAGACGGGUGUCCAGCCACAGUGGAGACGUGCCUGGCGGAGGGCGCCCCACCUAACACAAUGGUGCCCCUGGCGCUCCACUGGCCGGCACGCGCUACCGUCCUGCACCGCGCUGCUCAUCACGGCCACGACCUCAUAGUGAGGCUGCUGCUGGCUGCUGGCUCUGACAUUAACAAAAAGGAUGUGGUAGGCAACACGCCCCUCCACGCCGCCACCCAGGCAGGUCAUAAUCGUGUGGUGAAGAUCCUGCUGGGGCAUGGGGCGCUGUUGGACGCUGCCUCACAGUCGGGCAUGACGUCGCUACACAGAGCCGCCUCCAAGGGUAAAGAACUCACGUGUAACUUGCUGUUACGACGUGGUGCCAACCCUCGGGCGGAGGACAACGCUGGCAGAACACCAGCUGACUGGGCGAGGAAACGAGGCUUUAAAUCCGUAGCGAAAAAGCUGGUGUACCGCCGCAAAAAUAGCGUCACCCUGGAGGGAGAGAGUCAGCAACACCAACACUACCUACACCGCCUCAACCAGCUCCACCAGGCAGCACUCAGAGGAGGCCACCAACAACCUGACACUCCUGACUGUUGCGAGGAAUAAUAAGACCGUGUCGUCCACAGUUCUUACGUCUCAGCAACAUUGUCUACAUAACAUACAUUCAUGUUGUUUUUACUGUGUUGUGUCACCAGACUGAACAUUAUCACCGUCAAUGUCAAUAAAGAUUUACAAAAAAUCUC